AUGCGCUUUGAACCUCUUCAUUCACCGGAGAUACUUCUCGAAACGGAUCGGAGACAGUCGGGGGGAGAAGAGGAGCCAGGAGAAUUCGAGAGAGGAGCGAAUUGUCUUGGAAGAGAAGAGAGAGGAUCGGCCCGUACGACGCGAUGUCUGUUCGCCAACAACCUGGGGUGGGGGAUUCCCAACCUCGACGUGGAAGGGUUUAGGGAGGUAGGGAGGGAGGAAGAAGGCAGAGCGGAUUUCCACCAGCCCGUUGGAGGGCGGUGGGGUGAGGCUGUAACCGCUCGGAACAAGAGACGGGCGAAACGUGUGUAUCGAAGACGCAAGGCGGACGAGUUUGAAGGAGGGCGAAACGAGAUGGUUGUGAGAGAGGGAGAAAGAGAUAGAGAGAGAGAGAGAGAGAGAGAGCGAGAGACAAGAGUUAACUAG